AUGGAUCCUUCAGAGAUAAGAAAGAAAAUCGGUCGCUUUCGAAUCCUCGUUAUAGGAAGAGCCAAUGCAGGAAAAACUACCCUUUUACAGAGAGUCUGUAACACACGAGAGAAUCCAGAAAUAUAUAACGGCGCCGGUAAAAAGAUUGAUGCCAGGGUCUUGAUGGCUUCCACAGAGCGCGGAUUGCACAACAUCGAGAAUGAAAUGGUGUUUCAAAGCAAUCUGGGUUUCAUCUUUCAUGACUCUCGCGGGUUCGAAGCAGGUGGCGAAUCCGAAUUUGACCAGGUGAAGGCUUUCAUCGCAGACCGUUCUAAGGAAACCAGAUUAAGAAAUCAACUCCACGCUAUCUGGUAUUGCAUCCCCAUGGACGAGGCGAGUAGGUCGUUCACCUCAGGUGAAAUCAAGUUUUUCUCUCAAUGCGAUACUGGAAACAUUCCAGUAAUAGUACUGUUCACAAAAUUUGAUGCACUCUACGACGAAUCAUAUGCCCAGCUGAAAUCGCAGGGAGCAUCGAUGGAGGAAGCUGAAGAACGGGCGCCGAAGCACGCAGAAGAAUCAUUUGCGAUUGGGUCACAGCUGAAAUUUUUAUACCACUCCAAGGAGAUUCGACGCCCUCCGAAAUGCCACAUAUGCCUCCCUAACAUGGACAGGGACGAUGCGGAUUGCGGGCCACUCAUCGAACAAACGGCGGGAACUCUGGAUAAUGAAGCGCUUCAGCAAUUAUUCGUCUCGACUCAGAAGACCAACUUGGAGAUCUGCAUGAAAUAUGCAGUUGAUAAGUAA